AUGAUGGCAGGAAAGCGACCUCUCAUCGACGUCAAUAUCUACACGGCGCUCCUUCGGUACAGCUUGAUGCCCCCGGACGCGUGGAACGAUACGGAAGCUAUCUUGCAGCGAUUGGAUGCCCUUCGGUACCUCGAACGAUGCGCCAACGGCGUCGAGAAGUAUAACCCGGAGUCCAUGAAGGCCGUCAUGCCCGAUAAAGCAGUCAUUAUGGUGAAGGUCAAGCCGAGAGACGGUAUUCCUGGCACCACGACGGAAUGUGCCGCAUUUACGGGCGACUUUGCUGCGGCGACGCCAGACAAAUGCGCCAACACGGCAGCACGACCGUGGACUCGAGCAGUUACCAAUCUGUUCUCGCCCACUUCGCCGUCGAAAAAGCGUAAGGCGUCCCCAGAGCUAUCUCCCCAGUGGAAGUCAACCCCUUCCAAGAGGAAGAGAGCGCCUCAAAAGAGAACACCAACUCCCAAGAAGCAGGUGACUCCCAAGAAGACAAUCAGACAGCCUGAGAUUGGGGGCAGUUCCACAAAUGACGACAAUGCAACUCAGGCUCAAGAACAGAUCGAUUCUCCCACAAGCAGCCUCCGCCGCGCUCGCCGGAACCCAGUCGUCACGUCUGAGUCCUUGAACGGAGACAACCACAACAUCCUGCUCGGCAAAAUCUUCAAGACAACCGAGGUUCUUGACCAAGUUGCGCGCUACGAAGACACUUGCGUCCGUAGGGUCGCCCUCUCAUCCUUCGUUGUCGACCUCCACAAAGCUGGCUGGACCGACCUAGAGAAGUCGGCUGUACAGCUCAUCAAGGACGAGAACUACGCUUCUCGCGAGUACCUCGCGGGCAUGAUCGUCAAGGGCAGUUACGAACGGAUCAAUGAGGCUCUCGACAAGGAUGCCGCACCGACCAAGACCGAAUGUGACGGUAGACCUUCGCCGUGGCGUCGCGUACCUCGGAUUCUGUUCAAGAGUGGUUGA